AUGUCAAAUCCAUCAUGGGAAAAGGGCCAAAUUGACCUAGCUGUUACGAACGUGAUGGAAUGGCUUGAACACCAGUCAACGCCAACUGGCUGUUUAUUGUUGACAAAGUUGAGGAUCAUUCUAUGGGGGGGGGUAGCUACGAUUUUGAAAAUUACUACCAGAUGCAGAUUACGGGUCGGUUUUGAUCACAAAACGCACAAAUACAAUCCAAGAUCGAGAGAUAUUUCAAACCUACUAGUUGUGGAAAGCCCGUUAAACUUCCUGGGUGAUGUCUUACAAAUUAAUCCACUCAUUAACAAGGCAGCUCCAAAUUUGCUCCUUCUAUGGGCCUUUCUCGACUACCAGGAUCUUUGGUAUGGUCAUUUGCACCCCGCCAGCCGAAUUUCGGAGGCCGUGGCAGGAUACCUUGCUAAGUGGCUAGAUGGCCUUCCAAUGAGUGAAAUUAAGUUCCUUGAGGCGAUCAAAAUUUUACAAAGCUAUGCUCUUAUGGAAAAUGUGGAAGGAUUGACGGUCAAUACUAUUCAUCUUGUUCUUCACAGAUCGGGGUCCCUCGUUCAAGAUGAAUAUCGAAGGGGGAACUGUGUAGAGCUUGCAGCGAUCGCCGUUGUGAUGGCUCUGCCAAAUGACACGAAAUUUUUUUAA